GGACCUGCCCUCCCCUGCCCGUCGGCGGGAGGGAGCGGCUGCGGCGGGCGCGGGGCCGCCAUGAGGUAGGCAGGAGCCCCCCUUGGCCGAGUGAGGCAGCAUGGCAACCUGCACGGAGGCUGCGUGCCCUGGUGUGAUGGGAGCAUAAAGAGGAUGGCUGUAGUGAAGGGCAGGAUGGAGAGAUCUGCCUGGCAUCUCGGGAUUUGCUCGGAGUGUCGCCAGAGCCAGCUGUGAAGGUGGAGGCAGUAGCCAUGCUGGGGAGGAGGAGGACCCCAGGGAUGACAGUGGCCAGCUCAGCAUGGCAGAGCAGGGAAGGGGUCCAGUGACUGCUUUCUGCAGGGAUGGAAAACCCUGACAGUGAGAUCUACAGCCAAGCUCGUUGCUCCAAGAUGUGCUGAGGAAGUUGAAAUCCGAGUCUCAGGCUUAAGUGCCAAGGAGGGGAGAGUUUAUACCAUGGCCUGAUCAAGUGUUCUUGGGGGCCAGGAAUGCCCACUCGCUCCUGAAACGCUUUCCCAGAGCCAAUGGCUUCCUGGAGGAGAUCCGGCAGGGCACCAUCGAGCGCGAGUGCAUGGAGGAGGUCUGCAGCUACGAGGAGGUCAAGGAGGUGUUUGAGAACAAGGAGAAGACGAUGGAGUUUUGGAAAGGCUACAGCAGCUCUGUGUACUCUGUCAAGGACCCCGGGCACAGCACGGAGCGCUCUGACGCUAUGUACGUGGUGGUGCCCCUCUUGGGAGUGGCUCUGCUCAUAGUCAUCGCCCUCUUCAUCAUCUGGAGGUGCCAGCUGCAGAAGGCCACCCGCCACCGCCCUUCCUAUGCCCAGAACCGUUACCUGGCCAGCCGGACGGGCCGCAGCCUCCCCAGGGUCAUGGUGUACCGGGAGCGCUCGCACAGCCAAGGGGAGACCCAGUACCAGCGGGAAGCCAGCAACCGGGGGGCUGGGGAUGGCAGGGCCGGGGGCACCCCCCAGCCUGACAGCACCCUCUGCCCGCCUGAGCAUUCUGUCUCCGUGCUCUCCAGACUGUCCAGUGCCACCCCCCCGCCCUCCUACGAGGAGGUGACGGGCCACCCGGAGAGCAGCAGCGGCGAGGAGACCAGCGUCUCCUACAAUGAGCCUCCGCCCAAGUACGAAGAGAUCGUGGCCACGGCCCCUGCCGCGGGCAAAUAGCGGGUGUGCCUCCCUCCUGCCUCUUCACACACUCACACUCACCCAGCCACCCUCCCUUCGCCGUGCCUGGGACCCCCUGCAGGUGUCUGUCAGGCCCCCAUCUCACCUGUACAAUCUGGUGCCAUCACACAAUAGCCUUACCCUCCUAACCAAAAAUAGCUGUCCCCAGGUGGGGUGAGGCAGGGCUGUGGGAUGGCUCUGGAGCCAGCCUGCCAUCUCCUGCCCCUCACUCCCCACUCACAUAAGUGCUGUAGCAGCCAGAGCACAGCAGCAGCUUGUUCCUGGCUCAAUGCAGGGGUCUCCCCAUGGUGUAUUUGAUUUCCUCACUUCCCCCUCAAACAGACAUAACAUUUCCCAUGAUUAGAGCAGCCUUGCUGCUUCCCUGGGCUGCUGCUCAGCCUCACCCCCUGUCCUCACUGAGCCCUGUUCUACUGCUCAGGGCUCUGAUUAGGUCAUGGAGAUGCAGGAUGGGUGUGGCAAAUUUUUGUCCAUCCCCGCAGUUGGUGGGGCCAGCUCUGCGGGGAGAUGGUGCUUCCCCAGGUGGAUUUGUUGCCAAGUGGGAGUGGGGAGCCUGGUCCUCACUGUGGUGCCUGUAGUGAUAUUUGCUGUGUGGAGAUCAGGGAGGAGCAGUCAGGAAGGUGCCCUCUGAUCUCCAAAUCCCUUUAGAAAGGGAGAAAGGGCUCGUGGUGGUUUUGUACUCGAGGUAAGUGACUUUGGAGUAGCAGGGCCUUUUCCUGAUGCUCUCUGCUUUCUCUCUGUGGGUGCUGAGCAGCUGGAGGUCUGGCUGCUGCAGAGCUGGCCAAGGGGAUUGUCUCUGACCCCCAGCAAAAUGUGUUCUCAUGGUUUUAACUGAUGGGGAUUCAGCUCUCUCCUGGAGCAUGGCCUGUCUGGUGUCUGCCCCAGAGCUGAGAGCCUGCAGACUGGCCAAACCUCUCCUCUCCCGACCCCAAACCUCUCUGCCCUGCCUGGCCCCUCUCUUUGGGGCUCUUUGUCCUCCAGAGCAGCUAAAGUGGAAUGCAAGGCCUCACUCUCCUCUUGACCUCUCGGUUGGGCUGAGAGUUUGGUGUCCAGGGCUGUGGCAUGGAAGUCCUGCUGACAGAGGUGGGAGCCACAGGACAGUCAGGAGCAGGGCCAAGCCCUGCUCGGGUCUUGCAUUGCCAGGGCAGGGCAGAGCCAGAUGCUUUGCUGUGAGAUCAGUGUUCCCUUUCUGUAGGGUCCAGGCAACGGGGCUGUCCUUCCCCAAUCAUGUCUGAUGGAUUAAUACAAGGGUUGUGCUCCAACCCCCCAGAAGCAGCCCAGAAACUCCCAGCACUGCCACCACCCGGUGUUCCCCCAGCACCAGUCUCCACCAGCACCAAAAGGCUAUUGUCCAUCCAUCAGUGGCCUGCAUCCUGCCCAGCCCCAGUGAUGCUCACAGCUGGUGCUCAGCCCAGAGCUGAGGCUUGCCCAGCGUGGCUGCUCCUGGGGCAGGACAUGCUGGCACCUCGUCUGUCCCCUCCCCAGCCUUAGCAGGUCGGGGUUUUGGGAGACCUGGCAGCGAGCAUCAGAGCCCAGAGAACACCAGGGGGAGACACAGGGGUGCUCUGCAUCCUCAGUCUUUGAUGCUCGGUCAUUAUCCCUGCGGUUUGUAUUCUGUAAAACUUGGUAUAUUUCUGUGCAAAAAGAAAAAAAAAAGUAUUUAUUAAAAAACCCUCACUGUC